UCUCCCCUCGGUUCCCAUCUCUUAGUUUAAUAGCCAGGACAACCAUGUUUUUCUCCAAGGCUUCGUGCGAUCCUCCUUUCGAAGAGCACUACAAAUCUUUGCUCCGUAACUCCAUCAUGCAGUGCUCACAAGCCCAAGUGCAUGAAGUCGUGGGGGAGUGCGAGCUUCCAGUGAUAGACCUGAGUGGACUCAGGAGCAGUGAUGAAGAAAAGCGGCAUGCUUGUGUAGCAGCGAUCGCAAAGGCCUCCUCAGAGUGGGGCUUCUUUCAGGUGCUAAGCCAUGGAAUUAGCACUGAGCUCUUAGGGGAGAUGAGGAGAGAACAAACGAAGCUGUUUGAGAUGCCUUUUGAGAAGAAGGUCACCUCCGGGCUCUUGAAUAAUUCUUACCGUUGGGGAACUCCGACCGCUGCGUCGCUCGACCAGUUCUCGUGGUCGGAGGCCUUCCAUGUUCCCCUUGAAAAGAUCUUGGAGGAGGAUGGUGGCAAUGGGGAGUUCAACUCCCACAGGGUGGUGAUGAGGAAGCUUGCUGGGGCGAUGUCCGAGCUCGCUCGAAUGCUUGCGGGAGUUCUGGCCGAGAAUUUGGGUUAUCCUGGGGAUUUUUUCACAGAGAAUUGCAGCAAGAGGACAUGCUUCCUUCGAUUGAACCGGUAUCCACCAUGCCCAUUCUCACCAGAGACCUAUGGUUUGAUGCCUCACACCGACAGUGACUUCCUCACCAUCCUUCAUCAAGAUGAGGUUGGGGGCCUGCAGUUGAGGAAGGAUUUCAAAUGGGUUGCUGUCUGGCCGAAUCCGGAUGCUCUUAUAGUCAACAUUGGAGAUCUCUUUCAGGCAUGGAGCAAUGACAUCUACAAGAGUGCGGAGCACAAAGUGAUGGCUAAUGGGAGGGUGGAGAGAUACUCUAUAGCCUAUUUCCUCUGCCCAUCAUAUGAGUCCACCAUCGGGAGCUACAGAGAGCCGUCACUUUACAAGAAGUUCACAUUUGGGGAGUUUAGAAAGCAGGUGCAGAAGGAUGUCGAGAAAACUGGACAUAAAGUAGGGCUUUCAAGAUUUCUCAUCUAGUCCAAUGCUGACUCUCUUGCACCUGUACAGAUAACUACAACACCUUUUGCCUUACCUUUUUUUUUUUGGGGAAAAAAAUCAUGCUUAUUGGAAAGAGAGGAAGAACUGUGAGGAUAAUAACAAAGAAGAACAACUCCAUUCUUUAACACGAAUUUGCAUAUGUAUGUACCAAA